GGCGGGCAGUGCUGCCGUCCCGCUCCGGCCGGGGCCUUCCCCUCCGCCCCGGGCCCGCCGGGCCGGGGUGCUCCCGCCGGGCAGAGGGCGGGGUUUGCUGCCGGCUCCGGCCUCCGCUUCUCCCCCCCCGCCUCCCGCCGCGCGCGUCGUGGCGCCGGCCGGGAAGCUGCCCCGGCCGCCGUGACAGGCCGCUGCGGGGCGCGGGGGGCGGCUCGGCCGCCCGGCUCGUCUCCCGGGGCAAGGGGGGAAACAAAAGGGGGCGGCUGGGGCCGUCCGUCGCUCCCAGGAGACCGCCGGCCCCUCCGCGUCGAAGGCUUUUGUGCAGGCGGAACGGGAGGAGCGGCAGCGCUGCCCGGUGAUCCAUGAGGGGGUGGGCGCGGGGGCCUCUCCGCCUGAACAAAGAUCCCGGUCCGGGGGGACACCGCCGGCUCUCUGCUCCCCCGGAGUUGUAAACACCGGCAGCGGUGCCUGGAAGAGUGUCUGGCAGUAGCAGGAGUUGCUGGAAGACUUUGUAGUUGUGGAGGAAGUUGCACGGAAAGGCUCAACUUAAAGCCCGGCUCUGCUUUUGUGCUGUUGUGGAACCGCGACUGACUUAAACAUCAGUAAAGCUGUACAGAGUGACGCUGGAGCCUGGAAGUGGUACAGUUACCAAGCCAGGGAGAGACUAUCCAACUCUUCUUGUGUUUUAGAGAACAUAGUGUCCUAAUUAUUUUUUCCCUUUGACUACAUUUUGUAAGAAGAUGAAGCACAGAAAGCCAUGUAUUCAAGAUGCUGAGGGACAGAAACAUGAAGGCAUAGAAGGUGAAGAAAAUGAAGAAGGGUGUUCCUGUUCUACUUUAUUGUAUGACGGUGACACGUGCCCCAUCUGUCUGAACUGCCUUCUAGAACAAGAGAUUGGUUUUCCUGAGAACUGCAGUCAUACCUUCUGCAUGACUUGUAUUCUUAAGUGGGCUGAGACACAGGCUUCAUGUCCUGUUGAUCGCAGACCAUUUCAAGCAGUAUGCAGGCUUGAUGCAUUAGAAGAGAAGAUAAAGGUUCAGGUUAAAAAACAAUUACGGAGGACAGAAGAAGAGGAAAACUGUGCCUGCAAUAAGGGAAAAUAUAGCCAUGUGAAGCUGAGGACUUUUGUGAGAAGAGUUGUGUGUCCAGACAGAGGGCCAUUAACAGCAAAAUUAAGCAAAGCUGUGAAGAAAAAAUACAGUAAUAUUUUGUUUGACAAACGAAACAAGAAAGCUUUGUCUGUGAAGAUAAACAAGCCCAGAAGACAGACCUGCUGGAAUGAGUGCGUCAGAACUAAUUUCUUCAGCACACUUCCAGCCAGUGGUAGCAAUGAAGAAUCCUUUUUUAGGUGCAGAAAUGACUGUACAGAAUUCACAGAAGUCAAUGCAGCAAUCAGACAGAAGAGACAAGAACUAGAAUUGUCCUGUUCAUCUCUCCUUGCUCGAGUUGAGAGAAUUCCUUUAAUGUCUUACGGAGCUGAAGCUGGGACCUUUCUUCUCACUUCUGCUGCAGUAGCAGGGACAGUUCUUCCAUCAAAUAUCAGACCUUUGGAAAACUUUGAAUCUUUAGGCAAAGGAUAUGCCGUUGCAUGUACCCAAGAAGGAGAAGAGAAAAAUCAAGCUUCUGGUUCAUCUGGCCCUAGAGGAACUAGAAGGAAAUCAGUUAAUACUACUCCUAGAAGAAGGUCUGCACGAAACAGCAAAAAUGAGACUCUGAGUCAAUCUCGGCGCUCACCUCGGUCAGGCGGUUCUGCGUGCGGUACCCCUGAUGGGAAUGACCCGUCUCUGAAUAAAUCUCCUUCAGAAUCAGAGAAGGCUCCUCCAAAACGAAAGUCUAAAAGAAUAGUAAAACAACAAUCACCUGUGGUUAAAAAGAAACUGAGGAGUUCUGCACGUUCUGAAAAAUCGCUCAGUGAUUCAGUGGAAGAUGAUGAUGUUGAGUCUGAAGCAGUUCUGACAGUAAAUAAAGACCAGCAAUCAGAUAGUGAAAGCGAUAAUGCAAGCCUUCCACAGAAAAAUAAUGCAGAAACAGAAUCUGCUAAUGGAUUGGAAAACUGUAGUGAACAUGCAGAAAUUGAGGGAACUACAGGAGAAUGUGGCAAAGAUGAUGAUACUUUAGGCAAUACGGAUCUAAGUGCUUCUGUCCGAGAACCUCCAGUACUAACUUUGGCAGGUGAAAGUCAGGAAAUUGAAGUAAAAGAUGUUACUGAAAAAAAUGAAGAUCUUGAGAAUCAGGACAUCUGUGAAAAUACUCUUGAAGAAAUGGAAACAGUAGCUGGUCCUAGAGAUGAGAUAUGUGACCAUGCAGCUUCUGAAAAAGUAGAUCAAACGUUGUGUAGUCCUCAGAAUGAAUUAACGGAGAAUGUAGAAACUUUGACAGGAAUAGAUCAACCUGUUGCUAGUCCAGAAAAUGAAUUGCUGGAAUGUCAAGAACCUUUGGGAAAAGAUCAGCCAUUAGAAAACCCCAGAAGCAAAUUGCCUGAGCAUGCAGAAGCCAUAGAAACAGUUGAUUCUGAGGCUGAAGAAAAAACAGCAGUAGACUGUGCAAGUACAAAUAUUCAAAACUUUAAUGUUGUUCAGGACAAAGAACCAGAUACAUUGAUACACAGUAUUUCUAUGGACAGUACAUCAGAACAGUCCUUAAAAGAGAACACCAUGCCAGAAAGUGAAGAGGGUGGAACUUCAGAGUCACCCCAGGUAAAUGCUGAACAUAAGCAUUUUGGUGAAGAUAACAAUGAAAUGAUACCAAUGGAUUGUGACUCAUUUUGCAGUGACCAGAAUGAAGCACAGAUGGAGCAGUUACCACCAGUUGAAAGUACAGAGCAAGGAGAAGCGAACUCUGUACAGUGUGAUGCAGGAAACUGUACAUCAGUUGCAGGGCUUUCUGAUGAAAAAGAUGAAACUAUUCCUCAAGAAGCAGAGUGCAAAUUAGAACUCAAAGAUAAAAAGGCUCGAACUAGAAGGUCUAGGUUUCACUCUCCAUCAACAACUUGGUCUCCUAGGAGAGAGGGCAGGAAAUCUCAGUCACCAUCCCCUAAAAGGGACGUGACCAGAGACAGGACCUCAGGAUCACCCAAGAAGGAAACUGUGAGGGAGGGAAGGAGAUCUCUAUCUCGUUCUCCAAAGAGAGAGACACCCAAAGAUGAAAAAAAAGCACCAUCUCGAUCUCCCAAAAGGGAAACUGCCAGGCAAAGCAGGAGAUCGUCUUCUCAGUCAAGAACUAAGGAUUCAUCUCCAAGGCAGAAAUCUAGAUCUCGAAGCAGUGAUAGAGAUAGUCAAAGAAGAGAUCGUGACCGAGAAAGAAGAAGUAGGAGGUCGUCUAGGUCACGGUCACGAUCUAGGUCAAGAUCACGAUCUAGAACAAGAAAUAGAGGUUCUUCAUUCUCUAGAAAUGAGAGGGACAGUCAUUCACCUCGAUGGAAAGAGAGAUGGGCAAAUGAAAGCUGGAGGAGUCCCAGAGGAAAUGAUCGAUACAGAAGAAGUGAGCAAGAGAAACAGAAUGAAUGUCUUAAAAAAGAGAAGGACAGUGCAGGAAAAAAUGAUGAUCAGUGUUCUGCAGACAAGCGGAGAAAUGAUUGUCCAGACUGGGUGAUGGAAAGGAUCAACUCUGUGCCUGAUGCCAGGAACAGAGAGAGGGAUAAACCACACUGGGAAGAUGGCAGGCAUGAUAACUCAGGACACUCUUGGAAUAAAAACUUCAGUUCAGGUUGGAUUCCAAAUCGAGGGAGAGGUCAGCGUGGCCGAGGCGGGCGUGGAAGAGGUGGUUUCAUGUAUGGAGACCAGAGUGAAAAUCAGUGGCAAAAUAGAAAACCACUCUCAGGGAACUCAAAUGGUUCUGGGAAUGAAACUGCAAGGUUCCCAGAACAUCAGCCAUACAAGCGUAAGAAUGAGCAAGAUUAUUCUUUCGAUACACCUGCUGACAGAUCUGGGUGGACAUCUGCAUCCAGCUGGGCUGUAAGAAAGACUUUACCUGCCGAUGUGCAGAAUUAUUAUUCAAGAAGAGGACGCAAUUCACCAAGCCCGCAGUCCGGAUGGGGAAUGAGACAAGAAGAGGAGACACCUGAACAAGAUCCAAACUCCAAAGACCAGGGCAACCAGCAGAGUGAUGGCUCCCAGUUACCAGUAAAUACGAUGCAACAACAAAUGAAUGUAAUGCCACCAGUGAAUGUACAGCACCAGCCCAUGAGUAUCUUCCCGUACCCAGUGGGUGUCCAUCCUCCCAUGAUGAACAUGCAGCGCAGUCCUUUCAGCAUCCCCCCUCCCAUGCCCAUGCAUCUCCCUGCUGGAGUGCCUCUCAUACAGGUAGCUGCUCCCACCAAUUUGUCUCAGGGAUUACCUCCGCCUCCACCUCCACCCCCACCAUCUCAACAACUCAACUACAUUGCUUCACAGCAAGAUGGAAAACAAUUGCAGGGUAUCCCAAAUGCUGCUCAUGUAAGUAAUAACAUGGGCGUUCCAGCCUUGCCUGCUCCGACAGCAGUCCUGGGAAACGUGGGAACAGUUCAGGGACCAAGCGCGGGUAACGCAACAUCCUCAAGUCACAUCAAAAGCUCUAACACAGCUGUAAAAUUGGGAGAAAACAAAGCAAAUGUAACAGUGGAAGCCAGCGCAGAUAGCUCCAAGAAGGACCAGAAAUUGUUAAUUCAAGAGAAAGCAGCACAAGAGGUCAAACUAGCUAUUAAGCCUUUCUACCAAAAUAAAGACAUCACUAAAGAAGAGUAUAAAGAAAUUGUGCGGAAAGCUGUAGAUAAAGUUUGUCACAGCAAGAGCGGAGAAGUUAAUUCUGCAAAAGUGGCAAAUCUAGUGAAAGCGUAUGUAGACAAAUACAAACAUUCACGGAAGAAAAAUCCUGAGGAGGCAGUUUCCUGUGAAAGGAAAUAGAACAUGGUUUCAGUUUUUAAUUUUAUUCUAUCCGCAAAGUGCAAUUUCAACAUGAACCGUUAAUUGAAAAUUGUACAUGGCAGUGAUUUGAAUCUGCUUUUGAUAAAAUUAUUUUUCAAUGUAGUAUAUAAUGUUUUGUUCUGAAGAAAUAUAGAUCUACAGGGCCACUUCUUUAUUCCUUUUUAAAAACAGAUGUCUAAAAAGAAAAAUGAAGGUGUAAAGAAGAAUCAUUAGGAAUGUACGAUUGUGUGGAUACUUAGAUGUACAGCAUUUUGACUUGAAUAACAGUGUGUUAAAUUAGAAACUUCUGUCGGAGUACAUUGGGUUUGGAACAGGUAUGUACAGUACAUGUAAUCGGUCAGAUUAAAGUAAUUUGUUUCUUUUGAUUUCUCCCUAAUUAUAGCAAAGAUAAAAUAAUGUAUUGCCUUGACAAAUAUUUCUAGUGUUAACUGGACAGGCUGAAUGCAGGGGUCACAAUGUGUAUAUAAAAAAACACAUGGAGUUGUCUGAACAGAAGAACUGUUUAGAUUUUAAAAAGAAAAAUCAUAAACAGUAGAAGGCAGUGCCCAAAGCCACGGCCGCUGCACAUCUGUUGUAACACCAAAUAAAAAUUAUGCUGCUUGGUUUUGUUUGUGACGUUUUUCAAUUUGUUCCAAGAUAGCGGGAUGGACUUGGAUAAUUGUGAUGUGCUGAAAGGCCUCAGGGACCACACAUGGACAGCCUCCUGCCCCCAGCUCCUAGGGAAUUCGUGCUGGACCUGGGUGUUGGGAACAGAAGCCAGUUUCUUCUUCUAGUAAGAACAAGAAAGCUGGAAUGUGUUACUGGGCUCCCAGUUGGUCAGAGAGCACCAGUUGUGCCAGUCUUGGCUGCAUAAUUCUUCUCUUUCUUAACUGCUGCUGGAGUCACGUGCAACAGCUUUUCUGCUUCCCUGGGCACUUUAAUGUAGGAAGGGAUAGAGGCGCCACAAGCAUUUUAAAAGCAGAUGUGGGCUCAACAGAUGUGCUGGGGGAAUGCUUACAGCUGAGGUAAAACUGGUUUUACUGAGGCAGGAGCAGGGAGAGUUGCUGAAACACUUGUCGUAACUACGUGCUCCUUAUGGGAAGAACAGCUUGGGCUCCUUUUGGGUUUGAGUGGAGAAGCAGCCUUACCCUGAGAUGUACCCCGAGACAGAAAUAGUUGUUCCCUUCCUCACAGUGCGAUGGAAAUCUCGGCUGCAGUAGCAGCGUUUGCUGUUUGCUCUCCUGGCCCAAAAGCACAAACAGACCAUUUGGAGAGAAAGUUUCUCAGAAAACUGGUUUGAUACAAUCUCUUCAUAGCCCGUAGUUCCCAAAGCAACUUUUAGUGGCAAAAAACAACCUGUGAUUAACUUUUGCAGAAGCCUGAGGGUCAAACAAGGGAUAUAUACCCCUAUAUACAUACAUGAUUAUAUGAAGAGAUAUGUAUGUGUAAAAAUAAAAAAGUGGCUUGUUACAACAGUUGAUCACUUGAUUUUAAUUAUAACUUUCUACAGACAUAAUGAAGCAUUUGACUGUCUAUAUUUAUUUUUGUGUGCCUAAAUAAAAAUACUAUGUACAUUAGAAACAGAUAUAUUACAUUUUCUACAGUCAAGCCAGGUCUUAGAUUUUUCUAAAUACUCAGUUUUACACUGUGGUAGCAAUUUGUAUGAUCUCUUGAAUUUUAAGCUAAAAUUGGUUAGCACUUUUUGAAAAAAGUUGUAGCAAAUUGCUAUGUCUAUCCUGGUUUACCACGCCAUGCGUACUUAUUUUUAUUACAUUUUCCUUCUCUGAAUUUUUGGGUUUCAGUGACUCUUUGUGUCUUCAUACCGCUGGGCCUUGUUAUAAAGCUCCUUUCAGGAGCCAGGUCACUGUUUUGUGGGGUUUUUAAAGAGGUGGAAAUGGGUGUGGAGGAGCAAUGGAGGUGCUGGGUAGGAGUUGGGGACGGGUCAGUAACUUGUUUUGCAGCUCGUGGCUGGAAGAUGAGCUGCCACUUGCUGCGGGUUGUUGGGGCAGCGACUAAAUAAUGCUCCACUGUAUUGCAAAACAUAAUGGAGAAUGUCAGAGCAGCGUGUGAUCAGUAACUUUAUUUUUUACAAUGAAACACUUCAGAACUUGCCAUAAAAUAUGCAGUUUGUUACAACUUCUAUGUUGAACUGAAAAAAAAGCGUUGCCUUAAUACAUAGACUCUCCUGUUUUUCCUGGGAAGCAGCAAGGUCUCUUGGUGCGACUGCCCAAGAAGGCAGGUGCUUUAACCUUGUAGUCGUGCUUUUGUUAAAAUAGUGUGAAAGCUGUGUUUCUAUUUAUUGAAACUCCUCGUACUGAAAGAAUCUCAACCUGCACUAGCACCGAAAGCCAAGCAAUGGGGACGCUGAGCCCCCUCGAUGCCUCCAGGGCAUCGGUAAUUCAUUCCACCCACCUUGCCUUGAGGAAAAUGAGUACGAAACUGUUUGCCUUCUGUGAACUUACUUAUGCAAAUCCAAAGGGCUGUCCUCGCCCUCGCUCCUGUCUCACUGUGCAUGCUGCUUGAAUGUCUCAUCAUAAAGAUGUAUCUUAGGAGCACAGCGGCUGUCCAAAGUCCACAAUGCAGUGUUUGUAGCGUAAGGCUGGAGUGCUGUCUACUGAAAAGAUACUCUAAGAACUAGUUUUGUGUAGUGCUAAACAGUUUCUAAUAAAUUCUUUUCACUAA